AUGUAUUUUGAGGAUUUCCUGGAAGGUCUCGACCCGAUGCAGCGGGAAUUCCGUCGUCUGAUGGAUGAGAUGAAGUCUCACGACCAUGAUUUCCACCGCGCCAAAAAUGCGGCUCUCAGGCGGUCAAACAACUACCAAAAGACUCUGGCCUCCUUGUCGUCCGACACAUCGAUCUCCUACAUUGCGCCGCCGAGCUCGCGCGAUCUGUCGGCUCUACGUAAUGACCACCUCCGGUCUUUGACUGCUCUGUCCCGAAAGGCCUCCUCCUGUGGCAAGGCGCGGGCCCUCCUGCGGCGGACAAUCACCGCCCUCGAUCGGACCCUGGUCAAGUAUGAGCUAGAUGUCGAGGAGGAACGUGCGCGCGAGCGGGGAGCCGUUGCCGGGAGUGAAUUGGCCGCCACCCCGAUGGAUCGUCGAUCCCGCCCGCCGACUGGCCCCCUGACGCUGCCUCCUUCUCCGCAGAAGAAGAAGCAAAUCAACCCCAUCUUCACAUCGCACCCGGUGUCGGCGCUGCUAUACCUGCCGGAGUCCUCCUCCACAACGGACACUCUUCCCCUGGGAACGGGCACGAUCGAAGAGGAGGAGGAUCCGGAGCCGACCGAGGGCGCCGAUGGCGAGCCGCUUUACUGCUACUGCCGGAACAUUUCCUACGGCGACAUGUGCACAUACGAGUGGUUCCAUUACUCCUGCGUCGGGCUGUCCCUUCAACCGAAGGGCGUCUGGUUUUGCAGCGAGUGCCUGGUCAAGCAGCGUGAUGCACGGCUACUGCGUAACAGCAGCAACAUCAAGUCCUAA